AUGAACCAGGCCUUCUGGAAAACCUACAAAUCCAAAGUGCUACAGACCCUGAGUGGGGAAUCUGAGGAGGACCUGGCAGAGAAGAAGGAGAACCCAACCUUAGUGGAGUCUGAGAGGGCAGAACCCACGGAAGACACCUUCAAUCCCGUGUCACAGCUGGCCCGCCGGGUUCAGGGGGUUGGGGUGAAAGGCUGGCUGACAAUGUCAUCUCUAUUUAACAAAGAAGACGAGGGCAAGCUGCUACCACCAGAGCCCUGUGCUGACCACCCGGCCCUCUCCCGCAGCCCCCUGGCGGCGGCGGCGGCGCCGCGCGGCUCGGGAUUGUGGGACGCGUUGGCCAGCAGGUGGCAGCAGCAGCAGGCCGCGGCGGCGUCCAAGCUGCGCGGCGUGGACCCCACCCCCGAGCCGGACCCCGAACGCGGGGACGAGGCCGCCGAGCGUCCGGAGCCGCAGGAGUCCGACCUCGCGGCCGGCUUCAAGUGGGGCGUCCUCACCCACAAACUGGCCGAGAUGAGGGUGAAGGCCGCGCCCAAGGGCGACUAG